AUGCUGUCCCAGCCGACGACGAGUGUCUGUUCUUCUUGCGCACCCUGCUCAACCUCUUGUCCCCGCUUCGUUAACCGGACCGAGUUCAACUCCUCAACCCUCGAUCCCCACCUCCACAAUUUCUCUUCCGCAAACGCGAUCGCGCUCAUCGACUUGGAGUCCUCAAGAGCCCACAUCUUUUCCGUGUCAUCUCGUAAUGCCGACGGAUUAAGAAUCAAACGCACCAGAGAAAUGCGCGCCUCUUGCUUGGCCUUUGGCAUUCCGAGCCCCCACUGUAUCGUCCUCGAUCAUUCGGAGUUGCCGGGUAGAAUGUCUGUCUGGAGGCCUGAAGAUACGAUGGCUGAAUACCCAGAGACCAUCACCUUUGACCAUGGCGGAGUAUCGGGCCAUGCAAACCACUGA